AUGAAUGUAUUGAUGUUCUCUCAACCUGUGAGAGUUGAAAUAAUAUCUGACACUCAUGGAUUACAUUCUCAAGUUAAAGUGUCUCCAUGUGACAUUUUAAUUUGCUGUGGCGACCAUCUUAACUUUGUCACAACCGACGAAAUUCACACAUUUUAUACUUGGUUAAGUAAACAACCAGCAAAGUAUAUUAUUCAGGUACUGGGUAACCACGAAGAAGACAUUCGAAAGCACAAAUUAUGGCCUACAAUUGCUCAAAUAGUCCCAAAUAUUAUACUCUUAGACAACGACGUUGCAACAAUCGAAGGCAUCACCUUUUAUGGUAUAGGUUCUGGUGUUCUUUCUCUUCUUGAAAUGCAAUCUCAGUCAAAGCUCAAAGGCAAAAUCGACGUUGUCAUAAGCCAUGACCCCCCAUACAAAAUUUUAGACCAAAGCGACCCAUUCCCAAAUAGUCCACAAGAACCACCACAAGGCUCGAAACUACUUUUCAACGAAGUGAAACGCAUCAAAGCUAAAAUGCACUGUUUUGGCCACAUCCACAACUGUUACCGGUAUGUUGAAAAAUAUGGGAGGUUGUAUGUCAACGCUGCGAUGAAAAUCAAUCCACCCCAAAGUAAAAGAGGGCAAAAAGAGUUCUCGCAGACCACGCCAUUUUCUUUCACUUACCGUGACUCGACUUUCACCCCAUGCACCUUGUAA